CUCCGUCUCUAAACCCUAGCCGCCGCCGUCGCUUCCUCUUCCUCCCGCAAGCAGCGCCGCCCGCCUCCGGCUCGAGCUCCAGCUCUCCCUCCCUUCGACCAUGGCGGAUGCGGAAAUCGACCCCGAGUUGGCGGCCGCUGGCCCCAAGAAGAGGACGUUCCGCAAGUUCAGCUACCGCGGCGUGGACCUCGACGCUCUCCUCGACAUGUCCAGCGAGGACCUCGUCCAGCUCUUCCCUGCGCGCGCCCGCAGAAGGUUCUCGAGGGGUCUGAAGAGGAAGCCGAUGGCUCUCGUCAAGAAGCUGCGCAAGGCGAAAAGCAAUGCCCCUGCUGGUGAGAAGCCUGAGCCUGUGAGGACCCACCUUCGCAACAUGAUCAUCAUGCCAGAGAUGAUAGGAAGCCUUGUUGGGAUUUACAAUGGGAAGAUGUUCAACCAGGUUGAGAUCAAGCCUGAGAUGAUUGGCCACUACCUGGCUGAGUUCUCCCUCUCCUACAAGCCAGUCAAGCACGGGAGGCCCGGUAUUGGUGCCACCCACUCCUCAAGGUUCAUUCCCCUCAAGUGAGAAUUGUCAGGAAUGGCACUCUUUGGGCUCCAGGAUUCAGUGUUAUUAUCUCGUUUAUGUAGUAACUCUUGGUUCUGAGUUUCUAAGUAUACCGUCCCUCUUAAGGAGCAGCAGUGUGUGAACCUUGAACUAAUCUGUUCCAGAUUUUGAAGUUAUCCUAAGCUAUGCUGAAUGUUAUCUGUGUCUCAGUUUAUGUUUGCUUGA